AUGGGCAACAUCAUUUCAACAGACAACAAAGCACAAGCUACGCAAGCUAGACAACCUCAAGAUUCUCCUAUCGAUGAAAAACAUUGUUAUCUUGAUGAGGUAUCCGAAUCACAACAACUCCUGAAAUCCCUCAACCUGAAAACGAGCAGCUCAGCGGAAUCUUCUGAGACUGUCAAGAUCGAUACCUGCAAGAGAUGGGAAAAUGACUUACUCAACAAUCCAAAGAAUAAAUUGGCUGUCGAAACUUUCUCUAAGGGAGACAUCACAAACACACUCUCUGGAAGAGCAGCUAGAAUAUCUGAUCAAAACGUCUUCAACUUGGUUGCUUCCGAGAUUGAGGACGUCACCAACCAAGCCUCAAGCGGUCGCUGUUGGUUAUUUGCUUCAACAAACCUGCUGAGAAAUGAGGUUAAGAUGCAACUCAACAUUGAAGAGUUCCAAUUAUCUCAAAGCUACUUGUCGUUCUGGGAUAGAAUUGAAAAAUCGAAUCAAUAUCUCGAACAUUCAAUUGAAUUGUCUGGUGAACCAAUUGGAAGUCGUAUCGUAGACUAUAUUAACAGCAGCCCAAUCGGUGAUGGUGGUCAAUUUGAUAUGGUUGUUAACCUCAUUAACAAGUAUGGUGUCGUUCCUCAAACAAUUUACCCAGAAUCGCAUAAUAGUUCUAACUCAGGAAAGAUAAACAGCUUAUUAACUACAAAGUUGCGCGAGGGUGGCUUAGAAUUGCGCAAGUUGAGUACAUCUGCUAAACACCUCACCUCAAAUCCAGAAAGUGUCGUUCGUAGACGUAAAAAUGAAUUAUUGGAGGAGAUCUAUGGCGCUGCCGUUAUUGCAUUCGGUCCACCACCUAGUGUGGAUGAAGAGUUCGUAUUUGAGUAUAAAGAUAAGAACAAUAAAGUCAACUCAAUUAAGACUACACCACUUGGUUUCACUGAUAAAUACCUCAAUAAUUUCCGUGUCAAUGACUGGUACAGUUUAAUUAACGACCCGCGUAACGAAUACUCUAAGCUUUACACUGUCGAUAAGCUACAAAACGUCGUUGGUGGAAGACCAGUCCUGUACGUGAACACAACGGCUGAUAGAUUGGUAGAUGCAGUCGUUACACACUUGAAGAAUGGCAAACCUGUCUUCUUUGGUUGUGAUGUUGGAAAAUUUAGUGAGAGGAAUGGUGGUUUACUUGAUCCAAAAUUGUUUGACUAUGAACUUGCAUUCAAUCUUAAGCUUGGUAUGAACAAAGCAGAUAGGUUAGCAACUGGAGAAUCCUCAAUGACGCACGCGAUGAGUAUCAACGCCGCUCACAUUGUUGAUGGUAAAGUACAGAGAUUUAGAAUUGAGAAUAGCUGGGGUAAGGAUGCAGGACAGCACGGCUAUUACAUUUGUACCGUUGACUGGUUCAAGGAGUUUGUUUACCAGGUUGUUGUUAACAAAUCAUUGGCGCCAAAGGAUCUUAACGCGGUGUUUGAGAACAAGGAUGAUGUACACGUCCUACCUUGCUAUGAUCCUAUGGGUGCUCUUGCAUACUGUUAA